GUUUUUAGUAUCUUUGCUUGGAUCUUACACUAUUCGAUGCCUUGCAGCUGUUAAAAGAAAUAUUGCUUUUUUUAAAAGCCAUUGAUCUGGUGCUGGAAGCAGUGGUGAUAGUAGUAGUAGUACUGAAUGACACAGCUUUGCUGGAUGACAUGGAGCUGAUCUCUGCAUCAGCCAAGAAGAAUUAAGCUUUGUCACUCCCCACUGGGACUACCUUUCUUCUGGUAUGUGCAGGAAGAAUUCGUAUGCUUCUGCUGCAUCCGACAAAGCAGAGCCUUGAGUAUACUUUGCCUCGGAAGGCAGUAAGCAAGAAUGAUAGCUGUCUCUUUUAAAUGCCGUUGUCAAAUUCUGAGGAGACUUACUAAAGAUGAAAGUCCAUAUACUAAAUCUGCAAACCAGGCAAAACCACCGGAAGGAGCAUUGGCUGUAAGGAGACAGAGUAUUCCAGAGGAAUUCAAAGGCUCAACAAUAGUGGAAUUAAUGAAGAAAGAAGGUACCACUUUGGGACUUACAGUGUCUGGAGGAAUUGACAAAGAUGGCAAACCGAGAGUGUCUAACCUUCGACAAGGAGGAAUUGCUGCUAGAAGUGACCAACUGGAUGUGGGGGAUUACAUCAAGUCGGUGAAUGGAAUCAACCUCACAAAGUUUCGCCAUGAUGAGAUCAUUAGUUUGUUGAAGAAUGUUGGUGAGCGGGUUGUAUUAGAAGUGGAAUAUGAGCUUCCACCAGUCUCGGUACAAGGUUCAGGUGUCAUUUUCAGAACUGUGGAAGUUACUUUACAUAAAGAAGGGAACACUUUUGGCUUUGUAAUAAGAGGUGGAGCACAUGAUGACAGAAAUAAAUCUCGUCCUGUUGUGAUAACAUGUGUUAGACCUGGAGGGCCUGCUGACAGAGAAGGCACAAUCAAGCCUGGCGACAGACUGCUUAGUGUUGAUGGCAUUCGGCUUGUUGGAACAUCCCACGGUGAAGCUAUGAGUAUUCUCAAACAGUGUGGGCAAGAAGCAACUUUGCUGAUAGAGUACGAUGUCUCAGUUAUGGAUUCUGUAGCAACAGCUUCUGGACCACUGCUUGUCGAAGUCGCCAAAACGGCGGGCUCUGCUCUGGGAGUUGCACUAUCUACCUCGAUGUGUUGUAGCAAACAAGUUAUUAUCAUAGACAAAAUUAAAUCUGCAAGUAUUGCAGACAGAUGUGGUGCAUUACAUGUAGGAGAUCACAUUCUUUCCAUUGAUGGCACCAGCAUGGAGUACUGUACAUUGGCAGAAGCAACACAGUUCUUGGCUAAUACAGCGGACAAUGUCAAGCUAGAGAUCCUCCCUCAUCAUCAGACACGACUGGCUCUUAAGGGACCAGAACAUGUGAAGGUUCAGAGGAGCAACAGGCAACCUUUGUGGGAUCCCUAUGCCAACAGCCAAAGCGGUGCCCUCACCUACCACCAUUAUAACACCUACCACCCUGACCAUUGCAAGAUGCCAGCUUUGAAAUGCCAGAAAACGCCUCCUCAAAAAAACCUUUCAUUGGUAUCAUCCUCCUUUUCUCCAGCUUCCAUGAGUGCAUACAGUCUGAGUUCCUUAAAUAUGGGAACUUUACCUCGCAGCCUCUACUCCACCAGCCCACGAGGAACAAUGAUGAGAAGGAGAAUGAAAAAGAAGGACUUCAAAAGCUCAUUGUCACUAGCCUCUAGCACUGUUGGCCUGGCUGGGCAGGUUGUCCACACAGAAACAACAGAAGUAGUGCUGACAGCUGACCCCAUUGUGGGCUUUGGGAUACAGCUUCAGGGCAGUGUGUUUGCUACUGAGACCUUGUCAUCUCCGCCCCUGAUUUCCUAUAUUGAGGCUGACAGCCCAGCAGAAAGGUGUGGCAUCCUACAAAUAGGAGAUAGAGUACUGGCCAUAAAUGGGAUCCCAACAGAAGAUAGCACAUUUGAUGAAGCUAAUCAGCUACUCAGAGACUCAUCUAUCACCAGCAAGGUCACUUUGGAAAUAGAAUUUGAUGUAGCAGAAUCAGUCAUACCAAGUAGUGGAACAUUUCAUGUAAAACUACCAAAGAAGCAUAAUGUGGAGCUUGGCAUUACCAUAAGCUCUCCAUCUAGUCGAAAACCAGGGGACCCUCUUGUUAUUUCAGAUAUUAAGAAAGGAAGUGUUGCUCACAGAACUGGAACAUUAGAACUGGGAGAUAAAUUGCUUGCCAUAGACAAUAUUCGACUGGACAACUGUUCCAUGGAAGAUGCUGUUCAAAUCCUGCAGCAUUGUGAGGAACUUGUGAAGCUAAAAAUUCGGAAAGAUGAAGAUAACUCUGAGACCAAUUGCAUCCUCUUGGCAUGUAUUGCAGAUGAACAAGAGAGCUCAGGAGCAAUUAUUUAUACUGUCGAGCUCAAGCGGUAUGGAGGACCUCUUGGGAUCACUAUUUCUGGUACUGAAGAGCCCUUUGAUCCCAUUAUCAUUUCAAGCCUUACUAAAGGCGGUCUAGCUGAAAGGACAGGUGCAAUUCAUAUCGGAGACCGAAUCUUAGCAAUAAAUAGUAGCAGCCUGAAAGGAAAACCUUUGAGUGAAGCCAUACAUUUGUUACAGAUGGCAGGAGAGACAGUCACCUUGAAGAUAAAAAAGCAGACAGAUGCAUCAAGUCCCAAGAAGUUUUCUGCCUCUGGUCACCUGAAUGAAUUAAGUGACACUGAAGAGGAUACAGCUAGCUCACAGAAACCAGGCAAACUUUCAGAAAUAUAUUCCACUACUGUGCCAAGCGUGGACAGUGCUGUAGAAUCAUGGGAUGGCUCUGGGAUGGAUAACAGCUAUGGAAGCCAAGGCACCAAUUAUCAGGCUUCAGGAUACAACUUCAACACCUUUGAAUGGAGGAGUCCAAAACAGAGGGGCAGCUUAUCCCCUCCCAACAGGCCCCGAACCAACCCCUUCCAUGAUACAGGCCUCAGUGAUGACGAGUGGGAUAAACCAGUCACAAGCAGUUUUGCAGGUGCCCCUGAGACUGACCAUGAAGAAAAUUUCUGGUCUCAAGCACUGGAGGACUUGGAGACCUGCGGACAGUCAGGAAUUCUGAGGGAAUUAGAGGCAACCAUUAUGUCAGGGAGCACAAUGAGUCUGAACCAUGAGAACCCGCAGCCCCGUGGCCAUCUAGGAAGACAGGCUAGCUUCCAGGAAAGAAGCACAUCGAGGCCCCAUUACAGCCAGACUACCCGCAGCAAUACCUUGCCUUCGGAUGUAGGACGAAAAUCUGUAGCUCUGCGGAAAAUGAAGCAAGAAAUAAAAGAAAUGAUGUCACCAACUCCUGUGGAGUUACACAAGGUAACAUUAUUCAAAGAUUCUGACAUGGAGGACUUUGGGUUCAGUGUCUCAGAUGGCUUAUUGGAAAAGGGCGUGUAUGUUAAAAAUAUUCGGCCAGCUGGACCUGCAGAUGUAGGUGGUCUGAAGCCAUAUGACAGAUUACUACAGGUGAACCAUGUUCGCACAAGAGACUUUGACUGCUGUCUAGUUGUGCCCCUCAUAGCAGAAUCUGGUAAUAAACUAGAACUGGUUAUCAGUCGAAAUCCAGUAGCCUCUCAAAAGAUGAGCUCAGAACAGACGUUCCCAGCAGGAGAGUGGAGUGAUGCAAACAAUGCCUUUCUUCAACAAAGCGGACACAACAAUGGUUCAGAGAUGAAACGAGAACCUACAAACACUUUAUAGCCAAAAACUGUAUUAGUGUGAGACAUUUAAAUGGUGCUAAAUCUCUUUGAAAUGUCUGCUACACUGAAAAACACAAUUAUUAUGUGGCAUUGAGAAGCACAGGAAUCUUUUAAUUUCCCAAGGCUCAUUAUUUGCUACUUGCUUCCCAAAUGGAGUUUCAUUUUGCUCGUGUUUUUUUAUGACAAUGAAUCGUGCCAUUCCACACUGACCUUAAAAUGAAAAAAGAAACAAAUGGUGAAAAUGGCUCUGUUCUCUAAUCCUAGUAGAUUGAAACAUUUAAAUGAAAGAUGGCUCUUUUCAACUCUCACUAGAUUGAAAUAAAUAGUCCUUCCUAAAUGAAAUCAUUUGAAGAUGAGGUUUGAUUUUUUUUCGAACAUAUUUGAAGACUGCUGGUAUCUACAUGAAGGAAUUUUGAA